AUGACAAACAACAUUGUGGUCCUAGGCGCCGGUGUGUCUGGCUUGACGACAGCCUAUCUACUGUCGCAAGACCCCGCCAACAAGAUCACCGUGCUGGCAAAGCACAUGCCGGGGGACUAUGAUAUUGAAUAUGCGUCCCCAUGGGCCGGUGCCAACUAUAUGCCGGUAGGAAAAGAAGGAAGCGCUCACCACAGAUGGGAACGUGAUACCUGGCCAGCAUUGAAAGAAAUCACGGAGAAGUACCCCGAGGCCGGUAUCCACUUCCGAGGUACCUUAAUCUAUAACCGAAAGAAGGACCAAGAAUCAGACACCGGAAAAUGGUUCUCGGAAUUGACCCAGCCAAAGCCGUGGUUUAAGGAUGUUGUGCCUGAUUUCAAAAAUGUCCCGGCUGAUCAACUAGCCCCGGGAGUGGAUAAUGGCCAGGAGUUCACAUCUGUCUGCAUCAACACCGCCGUCUACCUGCCAUGGCUGGUGGGCCAAUGUAUCAAGAAUGGCGCCGUGUUCAAGCGAGCCGUGUUCAAGCACAUCGCCGACGCGGCCGACGCCCACCAUACCGGUCAGAAAGCUGAUGUGGUGAUCAACUGCACCGGCCUCUCAUCCAGAACACUUGGCGGUGUUCUCGAUAGCAAUAUGUACCCCGCACGUGGCCAGAUCGUGGUAGUUCGCAACGAUCCCGGCCCCAUGAUGUCCACAUCUGGAACUGACGACGGAGAAGACGAAGCGUUGUACAUCAUGACUCGUGCUGCAGGUGGCGGCACGAUCCUCGGUGGCUCUUACCAAAAGCACAACUGGGAUCCAAUCCCGGAUAUGAAUCUUGCCAACCGUAUCAUGAAGCGCUGCAUUGGAGUCUGCCCCAAUCUCGUCAAGAAGGGACAGGGAAUCGAGGGAUUAGAUAUAGUUCGACAUGGCGUUGGCCUGCGGCCGCUGAGAGAGGGUGGCACUCGCAUUGAAAAAGACAAUAUCAACGGUGUUGCCGUUGUUCACAACUAUGGCCAUGGAGGAUUUGGUUACCAGGCCUCCUUUGGUUGUGCAUAUGAUGUGGUGGCUCUGACCAAGGAGGUCCUGCGGAACAAGACUCGCGCUAGGCUUUGA